AUGUUCCACCAUGGCUUGGGGCUGAACCUGACCAGCGCGCAGUACACGGCCCCCAUCACAGGGUACUACACCUUCACCGCCGCACUGCACAUCAACCGUGUCUCGGCUGGAGAGUGGCAGGACCUUUUCACCGUCUCCAUCACUGCAAUCCUUUACCUGCAGGCUGGUCAGUACGCCUCUGGUUUUGUGGACAACACUGCAGGCUCCCCCCUCACUGUUCAAAGCAGCUCUGGUUUCAGCGCCAUUCUGCUGGGGGCGUGA